AUGAAUUUUCUUCAAAAAACCUUUCGUUAUUUAACAAUUAUUUUUGUUUUUAUUUUUGUGAGUCAAUUUAUUUGUGUUUUGGGAAAAAGGAAUUUUGAAGAAGAAUUGGGAAAUUUGGAACGUUUUUUAGAUCAAAUUGGAGAAAUUAAAAUUGAAAAUUUUGAAAAAUUAAAAGAAAAAUUGCCUGAAGGAAAAUAUAUAAAUUUUGAAAUUUUGAAUGGAUUGAAGAGUGUUGAUGAGGUAGUUGAUUUUAAAAUUUACUUUAUAAAUUUUGUGUGUUUUUGA